GAGGCUGUCAGUGCUUUGGAGGCCACACCUCUUUCCCGCCGCCUAGCAUUUUCUGUCACGUGAUUGCCAAGGGGGCGGGCACGUGUUGCGAGUGCUAACACGUGACAUGGGAAAGGGGCUGCGCGGGGGCCGCCAUUUUGCGGGACAGGGAGGCGCGUCUCAUUUCCUGACUUCUUUCUCUCUUUUCCAGCGGUUUUUGCGGCUCCCUCCGACCUCGGAUCUCAGAGUCUUCUCCAACCAACAGACUUUUCCUGUUCUGUGAUUCCAGGACCUUCUCCACAACUAGGCCAUUUUCCCUGCCGGGUGUCAAUUUUGACCUCUUGACCUCUGACUCAAAGGUCAGCUCAAAGGUUCCAAACUCGGGCCUGGGAUGUGAAUUCCCUACCUCUUUAGCCAUGGGCCCCUAAGUCCAACCCUUUAGGUCCCUCACUCCAGGUCUUCAUAUCCGCAGAUUGACCCAUGAGUUCCCAAAUCUAUCGGCAGAUAAUGAGUUAAUGCCUAAUAAGUCUUACUAAAUUUCCCUCCCUAAACCUCCCAACGCACCCCAACCUGCCCCAGGCUGGUACCACAAAUGUGGUUCCGGAUUUAAGGACCCCACCCUAUUAACCCUCACAUCCUACGUGACUUGAGUCAGCCCCAAUCCCUGCAUCCAUGGUUUCAAAUUUUAGGACGGGUUCUUUUAGACCCACUGCUUGGCCCCCAAAUUCUGGAAUUCAGCUCUAAAACCUUUAAAAUCUCCAUCCCUGAAACCAACCCCUUUUGAAGGAUCCUUCUCUAUCCCUUUCUCAACCCCUUCAAUUCCUCCUGUAGACCCCAAAAUGACUUCUCCAUGCUCUCCUCUAAAACCACCAAUCCCUCCUCCAAGAACUCCUGCACCCCAAGCCCCCAUCAUUCCACCUUCUCCCCUACCCCCAAGUCCUCCAGACUCACCUUUUCCACCCCCUCCCUGGAGUCUCCAGGCCCCUAUUCCCCCACCACCUCCACCUCUGCCUCCACCCCCAGCCAAGGGGGCAGCUCCCCCUCACGUCUUCGGCCUGGAGAAGAGCCGGCUCCUGAAGGAGGCUUUGGAGAAGGCUGGCCCAGUCCCCAGGGGUAAAGAAGAUGUGAAGAGGCUUCUGAAGCUGCACAAGGACCGGUUCCGAAGUGACCUACAGUGGAUCCUCUUCUGUGCUGACCUGCCGUCCCUCAUCCAAGAAGGCCCUCAGUGUGGGCUGGUGGCCUUGUGGAUGGCAGGCACUCUCCUGUUGCCCCCCAGCGGCAUCCCCCUGGAGAGACUUGUGCAGGUGGCCGUGGAGAGAGGCUACACAGCCCAGGGAGAGAUGUUCUCCGUGGCUGACAUGGGCAGGCUGGCCCAGGAGGUGCUGGGCUGCCAGACCAAGCUGCUCUGCGGUGGCCUGGGCGGUCCGAACAGAGACCUUGUCCUGCAGCACCUUGUCACCGGACAUCCCCUGCUCAUCCCCUACGAUGAGGACUUCAACCACGAGCCAUGUCAGAGGAAGGGACACAAGGCCCACUGGGCAGUGAGCGCAGGGGUCCUGCUAGGUGUGCAGACUGUGCCGAGCCUCGGCUACACUGAGGACCCCGAGUUGCCAGGCCUGUUCCACCCAGUGCCCAGCAUGCCCUGCCAGCCACCAGCCCUGCCAGAGGAAGGCUCCCUGGGAGCUGUCUACCUUCUUUCCAAGCAGGGCAAGAGUUGGCACUACCAGCUGUGGGACUACGACCAAGUCCGGGAUAGCAACCUGCAGCUGACAGACUUCUCGCCCUCACGGGCCACCAAUGGUCAGACAUACGUGGUGCCCACUGGCGGGGUGCAGGCUGGCCUCUGUGGCCAGGCCCUGCUGCUGAGACCACGGGACUCCGACCACUAGCCUGGUCCAUCACCAUUUGAAGAGUGUCCCAGCUUCUCCCUCUUUGCGACAGGCCAUAGGUUGGGACCUAUGAGGGUCUCCAGCCCAGAAAUUGUUCAUCAGGGUGGUCCCCGUCCAUCCUGUCUCAAGCCUGGGCAUCUUCUCAACUCCCCAAGGCCAUCACCUCCAGUAUUGAGCACCCACUGAUCCCUCUCUCCAAGGAGAGACUGACAACUCAGACCCCACGACUUGUCCACCCUCCACCCGUGUCACAUCACAUUCUCACUGGGGACCACCUCUUCUAUGCCACGGUCACCUUACUGGACAUCUGCAGGAACCUCCUGCCCGGACCCUCUGCUGCUCCCCCAGUUUGCUUCCAGGACAGGGCCUGAGCUUUCCCCACCCCAGCUCACCUCUCCUUAGCCCUGGCUGGUCUUCCAAACUAUGCAUGCCGGCAUUGCUGGCAGUUCAGUCCCUAGAGUGCGGUGCUCCCAUUCUCAGCCCUCUGCUAAAGAUCACUCUCUAACUCCUCCACCUUGGCUCAGGUAUCACUUCCUCAGGGACCCUCAGCCUGUCCAGGCACCCUUCCCCAACCUUGUGUCUUCUCAGAUCUUUAAAGCCCAUCUGAGAGCAGUUGUGUGUGCUCCUUCUACCUGUGUUAACUCAUCUAGAUCCUUAAGGGAGGAACUAGAUUCCCUACAUUUGGCAGAUGGCAAGACCGAGGCAAAGGGAAGUGGAGUCACUGGCCUGAGGUCAUGUAGCUGGCAAGUGACAGAGUCAGGAUUUUUUUU